AUGUCCAAUCCUUUGAAGCGACGGUUUGAUCCGGUCAGAGAGUUGGAUGAUGAAGCCUUCUUCACAUCCAGCGGGGAGCCACAGCAGCCGUACGGGCGGGAAAUGCUUCUCGAUUAUGACGGAAUUCACGAUUCCAUGAGACAGAGUCAAUACCAUGGGCCAAGUUACAUGAAUCCGAUGAGUGAUGUUCCGAUUAUCCAACAGGCGGACUCUUUGUCGGGGGUGUUUAGCAACCUUCUCGUCGAUCCGAGCCUUGUGCCAUCCAUGGAAUUUAAUGACUUGGACUUUAACUUGGACGACGCACUUACUGAUUGGAGCAAUGACAUGCUGCUGUCUGGCUCAGACUUGUCUCCGUUAACGCUACCUUCGUCGCAAGAAAUUUCUCACUCGCCGUCUGUAGCAUCUGAAGCAGGGCAGCCAAGAAUUGAGGACGUUAUUCCAAUAUUUAACAAUGAAGUAGCCGACAACGAAAUAAUAUGCUACGGAAUGCUACACAACGUCGAUGUUAAACUACUUGGCGACAUGCAAACCAUCCACUCUAAGCUAGACAAGAGUGACGCCGGACUCGAGCGAUUUAAACUUGAAAAGCGCGAAAAUCAUGUCAUUCUACGUUUCAGCGAUACUGGCGAGGAUUUUGGCCAGGUGCGCUCCAACGUUGGCACGACACUUUCGUCGCUACUAGGUGAUCAGUCAUCUAAUGUCGAGUUUGAGCCUAUCGUGUCUGUAUCUUAUUUAAUGGAUAUCAUUGGACGCGCUAACCGGCCCUCUGACGCUAUUGUUAAAGUCGACAUCAAUGUUUACGGACCACAAUCGGCUGUAACGAAAGUUGGCGAUGACUUGUCAUCGGGCAAGCUGUGGCUGCAGAGGCCUAGUAACAUGAGAUGCGAGGUUAUAUACCAUAAUCCGCACUUCUUGCGGCUUAAUUUGAACGGCGUCCAACUUCAACCUAAGCAGCCUAUGAAACAGGCCACCAGAGAGGGUUCUUCCAGCAGAAGAAAAAGAGAAGCACGAUUGCGAACCCUGGUGGAAGAGGUAUACAAGUCCAUUCAAACGAGGGAGAUUGAGGCGCCAGACGAAAGAGGCGGUGGUAUUCUAGCUGAUGAGAUGGGUAUGGGCAAAACGUUGUCCAUGCUAACACUAAUAAUGAAGACUCUUGAUAUGGGGAAAGAAUGGGCUGAACAGCGAGAAAACAACACCAAAGUCGACGAGACGAUCAAGCGCUCACGCUCAACACUUGUGAUUGUCCCUUCCGCUCUUCUUAUAUACAACUGGGUCAAUGAGAUAACAGAUUAUUUGGAAGAAGGCGUCAAAGUAAUCAAGUAUCACAGCUCUGAUCGACCAAAGGAUAUCAAGCAGAUCGCAGAUUCAGAUAUCGUUGUGACUACGUAUAGUACUCUCACUGCCGAAUUCCAACAAAUCAAAUCGAGACGAUCUCUCCUUCAUUGUGUCGACUGGUAUAGAGUCGUCCUCGACGAAGCGCACAUUAUUCGGCGUCGGGCUACAGCAUUCUAUCACGCAUGCGACGCAAUACACGCCAAUUCAAGAUGGUGUCUCACAGGAACACCUAUUCAAAACAAGCUCGCCGACAUUGGAACUCUUUUCGCAUUCAUACGUGCCGACCAGUUUCUUAAACCGGCUGACUUUCGGAAGCACAUAGAGGUCCCUUUUGAGCAGGUUCCCGAGAAUGAGUCGCCGACAUUGGCUAAGGACCGCCUUGUUCUGCUGUUUCAAGCGUUCUGUUUGCGUCGCACGAAAGAAAUAGUCAAACUACCUCGAUUACGAAAAACGGUGCGAAAACUGAGUUUCUCCGCGGAGGAACGCCAGCAAUACGAGAAUACAAAGAAGAUUCUGCUUCGCAUGAUUCGUCACCGUGUUGGUGAGGUUGAGCAGAACUCUAAAUUCGGAAUUUUCCAGGUCAACUUACAGAUGCGUCUGUUUUGCAACCAUGGAACUUACCAGCAACCUUUCUCCUGGCACCGACAAACCUACAGGGAUGAAUGUAAGGAGGCCCUUGUCUCGGCCUUUGGUCAAAGCAGCGAGAUUACGUGUGCUGGUUGCCAGAUGCCAAUGCCAAUCCUCGGGUCUAGCCAGUUAAACAAUAGCUUUUAUGAGCAAUGCGCUCAUGUCUUAUGCUCUGAGUGCAUCGAACAGUCGAAUACGCCGAAUGAUGGAGGGCAAGCUCAACAUUGUCCCGUAUGCAUACGAUGGGUGAGGCAUCCAAUGGUUGAGAGCGGUGCAGUGAUCGACGAUGACAGUGUUACAAACCGCCACUCCAAAGAUAAGGUCGGGGACGGUGAAGAUUAUUUCAAUAAGGAGGGCUAUUCGACAAAGAUGAAUGCGUUGAUUGAGGAUGUCCGUCGCGAUCUGAAGUCCAAAAGUAUUAUAUUUUCAUGUUGGACUCGGACACUGCAACUUCUUCGGAGAUAUCUUGACCAGGCUGAGAUUCCAUAUCUUGAUAUCGAUGGCAACUGCUCUCUUACGGAACGAAAAGAUAAGCUCGCGCAGUUUAAGGAUGAUGACGAAAAGCCAGUGCUCAUCAUGACAACUGGAACUGGUGGCUUUGGUCGCAUCUUCAUUGUCGAGUUGCAAUGGAACCCCGCCGUAGAGAGUCAGGCCAUCGCGCGCGCAAUUCGGCUUGGACAGGAGAAAGAUGUACAUGUGACGCGCUACAUGAUCAAAGAUACAGUUGAAGAGGACAUGGGAUCCCAGCAACAGUCCAAGAAUCAACUCGCCAGCCUAGUAGAUGCAGGGGAUGACAUGGACUGGUUUGAAGAAUAG